AUUUUGUAUUCUUGGAACCACAAAAGAUUGCCAUGUCAAAGGUUUUCUAGAUCAACCGAGUUCUUCACUCUCCCUUCUUUUGGACUUGAAAAUUAAUCAAGAAAACAUAUAUUAGAGCUUUAAAAUCUUCAGCUUAUUUCAAGAAAAAAUAAUAUAACACCAGCAUUCUAUUACGAAAGUUUAGAAUUUAUAGAUUUAAAUUAAUCAUUUUACUUAUUGAACUGCAUACAUGCAUGCAAUAAUAAUGUGAAAGAAACAUGAAAUUUUUCAUUUUGAUAUUUCAUAUUUCUCACAAUGCCGAAUGAUUACUGAAACAUUAGCAGAAUUAUUUUCAUAACAGUGGAUCCUUUAAUCAAGAUUUGUGUUUUUAUUAUUUUAUAAAAAUUCUCUACAUUGCUGACGUUGUUAAAUAAUAAGGAUUAACUAUUUAAGCAUUAAUGCACUCAUUAGAAAAUUCUCAAAAUGAAAAUUCUUGUUCAAGUGCAAAUCUUGAAGAAGAAUGUAACAGCCCAAAUCAAAGCGAAACUUCUAAUUCUCAAAAUGAAACUUGUUGUUCAAGUGCAAACCUCGAAGACGAUUUUAAAAGCCCAAAUCUUCAAAUUGAAAUUUCUAAAUCAGUCUGUUCCGAAACAGUCACAAUCACUGAAGCCAUACAGUCUAACAAUGAAAACAAGUUUUGCAACUUAGAAGAAGAUGAAAUUGAAAAAGAGAAUGUCCCAAACUUAGAAAAUACGUUAAAUGAAGAAUUUCAUGCACUCUCUAUCGAGAAUGAAAAUACUCCUACACCAUUGCAAGAAGACAUUUCUCCUGCAAAAACCCCUAUUACAGUAGAAGAAAAACGAAAAUCAAAAUCUAAAAGAAAACCACCAUUAAAAGCUAGCUUAUUUUAUAAUGUACCACCGACAACAUAUUUUGGUACAUCUUCAGAAAGAAUUUUUCCUCUACCAAGAAAAGUUCGGAGUUCUUUGUUGUGGAAGUUAUCUACAAUUACCCCAAAAUUAAUAACUCAAACGAUUUCCCGAUCUGGAUUUCGUUUGACUGAAGAUAUUCGUUGGAUAGCGACUUGGGGCAAACACAUGAGAUGCAAUGAGUUUAGAUUUAUAAGAAAUACUCAGAAAAUAAAUCAUUUUCCCGGUUCUUUUAAUUUAGGAAGGAAAGAUCAUUUGUGGUUAAAUAUAGUCAGAAUGCAAUGCAUACACAAUGAAGAAGAAUUUUCUUUCAUGCCCGAUACUUACGUUUUACCGGAAGAUUUAAUAAAAUUACGCCAAGUUUGGAGGGAAGAAAACAAAAUUUUAUGGAUCGUCAAACCGCCAGCUUCUGCUAGAGGAAUUGGUGUCGACGUUAUAUAUAAAUGGGCACACGUGCCUAAAACACAUCCAGCCGUUGUUCAAAAAUAUAUAUCUCGUCCUUUUCUAAUUAAUGGUAAUAAGUUUGAUUUAAGAAUUUAUGUCUUAGUUACGAGUUUUGACCCGCUAAGGAUUUAUGUAUUUAAGGAAGGAUUGGUUCGAUUUGCAUCAGUGCAAUAUUCUCGCUCGGUUAGAUACAUAGGUGAAAAGUUUAGGCACCUCACAAACUAUAGUAUUAAUCGAAAGAAUUCUUCCUAUAAAGUCAGCGAAGACAAAAACUUAUUCGAAGGGCAUAAAUGGUCUCUAAAAUGUCUUUGGGAUUAUUUAAAAACAAGGGACAUAAACACCGAACAACUUUGGUCUUCUAUAAUCGAUAUUGUGAUAAAGACAUUACUUAGUGCUUACGAUCCUAUAAGCAAACUAAUCAAAUAUUACAUUAAGAGUAGAUACUGUUGUUACGAAUUAUUUGGUUUUGAUAUUAUCUUUGAUGAAAAAUUAAAACCUUGGUUAUUAGAGGUAAACAUCUCUCCUAGUCUCCAUUCGAAUUCUCAACUUGAUAUAGAUGUUAAAAGUCAAUUAAUUAAAGACAUGUUCAACACCGUAGGCUUCCAAAUUCCGGAUGACAUUAAUAUUACUUCGGAAACGGAACAGGAAGUAUUGCAAAUGUGCAACAUCACACCGAAAGAAACAACAAGACUUUGUAUAAAUCAUCAUCUUCAUCACUCACAUUUAAGUCACGAGGAAAGAGUAAAACAUAUUAGAUUCGAACAAAAUUGGUGCGAGGAAUCAAUUUUAAAAGACUUAACGGGUGAUGACGUGAGACGUUUAAUAGAAAGCGAAGAUGAAUUAUCCCGAUGUGGUCAUUUCAUUCGCGUUUUUCCAUCCGAAAUUUCCUCAUCGUAUUUAAAAUACUUUGAAAAACCUAAAUAUUAUAAUUUAUUACUCGAUGCAUGGGAAAAACGCUUUCAAAAUGAUAGAAAAAGUGGAAUCGACUUUCUACAAAUGAUGUGCGAAGUGGGUAUCCAUCUUCAUCCUGGUAGAAAUCUAGAAGAGAAAAAAGUUAUAACUUAUUCUAAAUCGCCAUUGUCUACCAUAAAUAAGAAAUCAAAUAAAAACUCCAUAUUAUUAUCUAGAGUAUAAUCCGUCGAAAACAUUCAGAAAAAUCAAUUCAUUAAAAUUUCAAACGAAGAAUAAUAGCGUAAUAUCUAAUUUAUAUCUUU